AUGUUAUCAUACGAGACAGAUGCGAUGGACUUCAGAAAAAAAUUAACUAAAAAUGCCUUUAGCAGACAUGAAGACAUGGAGUUAAAACAUCAUCCAGGUAAAGAAGUGUGGGUCUGGGAUCUCUAUUGUCAUUUACAACCUUUGAAGGGAAAUUGCAAAGAUAAGUUGAAAAGGUUCUAUUACGACGCGCAGUUGGAUAAGUGUGCCAAUUUUACGUUUUCAGGCUGCAAGGGAAACAAAAAUAAUUUUGAAAGCGAACUCGAAUGCGAACGACGUUGCAAAGGUGCGAACUUUUUGGGCGUGAACGAGCAACAGUUGCCUACGGUUUGUUUUCUGCAACCAGAUUCGGGAUUAUGCUUAGUUCUUUUAACGCAUUACUACUACGACGUGGAUGACCGCAAGUGCAAAUCCUUUAUGUUCGGUGGUUGUGGCGGGAACCUCAACCGGUUCGAAACCAUGGCGCAGUGUGAGGAGUAUUGUAUGUAG